AUGGUUGUCUUGAACAAGUUCUCCGUUGUCCUUGUGGCCGCUCUGGCCGCUGUGGGUCAGGCCUCUCACGAGGGUCUUCACGCUCGUCGUGUCCACGUUCGCUCCGUUCAACCUACUGCCGGGGCUUCCACCUCGACCGUCCUCGUUGUGCCCACCCCUGUUGAGCCGGCUCCUACGACUACUUCGUCUUCAUCUUCUGCUCCUGCUCAGCAGACCACCGUGCAGUCUUCUUCUGCUCUUUCGGUGGCUUCCAGCUCCACUUCCGUUGCUUCUUCUUCGGUCGUGUCUUCCACCCCUGGUGCGAGCUCCUCCGCUCCUGUUGGAUCUUCCAGCAAGCCUGUCGCUUCUUCCAGCAAGCCUGUGGUCACCCGCACUCCCGUCAGCGCUCGCCCUACUGGUCGUCCCACCAAGUCCUCUUCCGGCGUCAGCUCUGUGUCUGCUCCCACUGGCACUGAGGUCCCUACCACCAGCGCCGUGACUUUGACUUACACUGUGAGCUCUGGAACUUCCACCAGCGUCAUCACCACCACCAUCUACAAGACCGCCACUGAUCAGCUCACCGUCACUGCCACUCAGUCUAGCGCUGAUGCCUCGGCCACCAAGCCCGUUGAGGAUACCACCAACACUCACACCUCUACUAUCAAGGCCACUAAGACUGAGACUGUCACUCUCAUUGAGGUUCCCACCCCCUCCAGUGGAUCUGGCUCUGGCAACGAGUCCGGUGCUUGCAGUGCCGUUACUGUUACUGCUACCGUCACUGAGACUGUGACUGCUGGCGCACAGAGCAGCUCCGCUGAGACCACCUCCGUUGCGACCACCUCUGCCCAGACCACUGCCGCUGAGACCACCGCUGUUUCCAACUCCGAGACCGCCGCGGAAUCUUCCACCCGCACUCCCAUCGGCUCCACUCGCAUUCCCCUCACCCGCACUCCUUCGUCCAGCGGUUUCGCUACCCGGACUCCUUCCGCUAGCGCCAGCGCCAGCGUGACGCCUACCCCCGCCUCCAGCGGCCAGGCCUCGUCCAGCAGCACCCCCACUGGCAAGGCUUUCUUGUCCAACUGGCGCCGCCGCUUCAUCUAA